GAAAACCGGACAGCAGGUUAUGUAGUCAUUUUACACAAAAUUUAUAAAUUCAUAUUUUUCACAAAAAAUCAAAGAAACUAAAUAAAAUGCUGUCCAUGAUAUCGACAUCUAUGCGUGGUUUGGUAAUACGCCAACAAAUUACGGGAGAUAUUCUAAGAAAAGUUCAUACCACCGCCGUUUGUGAGGCGGCUCGUAAGGGUACACGAGAAAAGGCACGCAAGAAAAAAGUUAAGGUGGAAGUGAAAAAAGUAGGUUUCAUACCACACAAUCAAAGGGACAAAAAGAUUAAUUUGCAACGUGAAAAUAAACAUGUGGAUGAUUCUUGGAAGCAAAUCGCCACCGACAAUUGUUAUGUGGGCAAAUACUAUCGUUGGCCAGUAUAUACAGUAUCCGAGGCGAUUCAGUGUCAUCGUGAGACCCACCAUCCCACUAUGUACAAUGAACCAAAUGCACCGCUUAUCGUAGAUGUUGAAUUAAAUAUGAAAGGUGAAAAAUCGACAAGAUUCGUGGAUAAUUUUCAACGUAUGGCCAUGGUGCCGCAUAAAUUUGGUCACGGCGAGGAAAGGCGUAUAUUGGUUUUCACCAAAGGCAAUGAAGAAAUAGUUGAAGCACGUAAGGCUGGUGCCACUUUAGUCGGCGGAGUUGAAUUAAUCAAGGAUAUUACCAAUGGUGAACUCUUAUUAAGUGACUAUGAAUAUGUGGUAGCCCAUCCUAAUAUCUUGCCAGAGCUUGUGGCUUUGCGAGGCUUGAUGAAGCGUAAAUUUCCAAAUCCCAAGGCCGAAACAUUGGGAGCAAAUCUCACUGAAAUGAUAAGGCGUUUUUUGGACGGCAUCAGCUACUCGGCAGCCAAGGAUGAACAUCAACAGGAUUUCGGUUUAAUAACUACAACAAUUGGUACAUUGGAUAUGGAUGCACAACAUUUAGAGGACAAUUUACGUUCACUAUUGCAGGAUGUCAAUUCGGUGAGACCAAAACGUGAAGGACGUUUCAUAACUCGCGUUCUACUUAAAAGUCCGCCAAGUCGUGAACAACUGAAGAUAGAUGCUUUCCAAAUUGUACCGGAAAUGUACGAGAAAACUGGUAGUGGCAGCAAAAACGCAGCCGCUACAAAGCCAGCCAAGCAACAAGAUGAUGAUAUAGAUAAUGAGGAUGAGGUGGAAAUCGAAAAAGAAAAGAAAGCUGUUAAUUAAAUUUUAGUAAUUAUAAUUAAAAAUAAAAAAUAAAACUGUUUUAUUUAAAAUUAAUAA